AGCGUUGUAAUUACAUUGUCUUUACUUUCAGGGAGCAAAACAAGUAUGCUGGCUUCAAUUGCUGAAUCAACAGCAGAUGUUUCAGAACACAGCAAAGGCUCAUCACUGAGGGAGAAAACAAACAGAACGGAGGAUGCACAAAUUAUACUUCAAUCAGAAUCACUGAAGUCAAAUUUGUUUGUUAUGGAGCGUGUAAUCACUCUCAACAUCUUUCAGCCAAAGCAAGCAGCAUAUAGAGGGCUCCCUAUCAUUGUUGAUACGCAUCGAGAACCAUCUGCAGAAGAGGGGUCAGCAAACAAUAUGCAUCUUACUCAACUUGGUCCAAAUCUUGACCGUCUGUGGGCAUUCUCAUGUAAUCUCACAAAGGGUCGUAAUGUCAGCUGUGUCUCAUGGAAUAAGGUUAAUCAUGAUUUGCUAGCUGCAGGCUACGGUCAGUUUGGAUUCUCUGACCAGAAAGGUGGCCUAGUUUGUUGCUGGUCAUUAAAAAAUCCAGAGGUCAGUAUUAAGUAAAUUGCUUGCAUAUUAAUCUUGAUAAGAUGCAGGGGUUUGAGGUAGAAAGAAAAUAUAA